UCAGUGCAAAGCGGUACCCUACCAGGCGAGAAUUCUCCCUUGCGUAUGCUGCCGAAAAACGUACCACCAAGCUCUACACCAUCGGUUCGGCCGCACGUACGCCACAUAUUGGACGAGAAAAAACACGCUCAGCAACACUGACCGAGAAUAGUCGGUCGGUUCGUGCCCGAGAAGAAGUGCUUUACCCACACGGGGCCAUUCGGUGCAAGACUUUUUCAGACUGGCCGAAAAAGGGUUCUUCAGUGAAAAUUUUCGUUCCGUAAGGGUGGAGAAAAAGUGCGACGAGGAUCUAGAGGCGAUCUGUUAUCACGAAUGCAUUCGCUCGCCGUUGUUCAAAGUGUGUCCAAUCAGGCAUCGCUGUGAUACGACGAAUUACGCCAAAGUGCAAACAAAUGGUCAGCAAAGCAACCACCAGCCGACGGCCCGUCUGCUAGAGUUGUCGCCAUCCCGAAAACUACCCUCAAAUAUGUUACCUAUGUGUACAGUUUGCUUGUGAAGUGGUUUUACUGCGAGGAACACUUUGUGAGUGAAUCAGUGGCAAACAUUUAGAAUUGGUGCGUAUGCUGUGUCCUUGGGUGCACCAAAAAAAGGGCAAAAUCCCUUAAGCUUGCAUCAGCCCAUCUGUGAGGCCAAUUAAUUGCAUUAUCCAUCAACUUUCCGUCGUCCUAGCGCUCGUACGGCGAAAAAAGGGAAGGAAAAAAUGCGAUGGUAACAAGCGUAUGAACAAUGAAAAGCAAAUCUAGAACUUCUUUAACGAACGGCAGUGGUAGUAGUAGUGGCAGUGGCAGCGAUAAUUACACCAACGGUAGCAACUAUGCGACCGUGGCGACCGCAGGAUCAUCGAGCACAACAGUGGCCGGAUCCGGUGGUGGGACCAUGAACGGUGGAACGGGCAAAUCUCAAACCGGAAGCCCCGGUUCGGGAGGGGCGUUGAAUCAUGGCAGUAUGCAGAGCAGCUCACCUGGCGGUCUGUCGGAAGUAGCGCCGGACAGUAUGGAUCCGCUACAGCCGAAUAACCACCAUCACAGUAAUCAUCUGCACAAUCGCAACCAUCUGUAUCAGCAGCAGCAGCAAUACCAUCAGAAACAAAGUGGAAUCAAACCGCAUAUCUCGCUGGACAAGUGCGAUGAGUUUCAGUUCAAAGUUCCACCGGAGGCCCCGGUGUUCGAGCCGUCGGAGGAGGAUUUCAAAAACCCCCUCGUGUACAUCAACAAAAUACGACCGAUGGCAGAAAAGUAUGGCAUCUGCAAGAUUCGACCGCCGAGCUCCUGGCAGCCCCCAUUCACUGUGAACGUCGAGAAGCUUACUUUCACCCCGCGCAUCCAGCGGCUGAACGAGCUGGAAGCGGAAACGCGCAUUAAGUUGAACUUUCUCGACCAGAUCGCCAAGUUCUGCGAGCUGCAGGGUACGAGCCUCAAGAUCCCGAUGGUGGAACGGAAACCGCUCGAUCUCUACACACUACACAAGAUAGUGAACCAGGAGGGUGGCCUGGAGGUGGUUACGAAGGAGCGCAAAUGGUCGAAGGUGGCCUGUCGGAUGGGUUAUCAGCAGGGGAAAAGUGUUGGCUCGAACCUGCGCUCUCACUACGAUCGGCUGCUGUAUCCGUUCGAUGUGUACCGCUCGGGAAAGGUGGUCGAUUUGGCGAGCAUCGAUCCGGAACCGAACGAAGAUUGCGAGUACGAACCGCACUGCAUUGAGUCGCGCCAGCAGGUGCAACCCCCGAUGACAACGGCUCGUCGUUCGCAGCGUUUUGCCCAGCAGCAGAGCAACAGCAAACAGUCGACCUCCGGUGGCAGCAGUGCCGGGGGAAGCAUUCGCGGUUCGUCGGAGGAAAUGUCGCCCGGGAAGAAGGAACUGCGCCACCGGAGUAUGCUGGAGUUUGCCAGCAAAUUGGCGGCCGCCGCUCGGGAACAGGCGGCAACGAACGGAGCGAAGGAUGAGAAGGCGGCUGGCCCUGGUGGGGCCGGCCCCAGCAACUACGACCCGAUGGCCAAGUACAUCUGUCACAUGUGUAACCGUGGCGACGUGGAAGAAUCGAUGCUGCUGUGCGAUGGUUGUGACGCAUCGUACCAUACGUUUUGUCUGAUGCCACCGUUGCAGGACAUUCCGAAGGGCGACUGGCGCUGCCCGAAGUGUAUCGUGGAGGAGAACUCGAAGCCAGUGGAAGCGUUCGGCUUCGAGCAGGCACAGCGUGAGUACACACUGCAGCAGUUUGGCGAGAUGGCCGAUCAAUUCAAGCUGAACUACUUCAACAUGCCCGUGCACCUCGUACCGACCGAGCUGGUGGAGAAGGAGUUCUGGCGCAUCGUGUCGUCGAUCGAUGAGGAUGUCACGGUGGAGUAUGGGGCCGAUCUGCACACGAUGGAUCAUGGCAGCGGGUUCCCGACGAAGUCGCUACCCUACCUGACGCAGAGCGAUCAAGAGUACGCCGAGUCGAGCUGGAACUUGAACAAUCUGCCCGUGCUGGAUGAGUCGAUAUUGGGGCACAUCAAUGCAGACAUCAGCGGCAUGAAGGUACCCUGGAUGUACGUCGGUAUGUGCUUCGCGACGUUUUGCUGGCACAACGAGGACCACUGGAGCUACUCGAUCAACUACCUGCACUGGGGCGAGCCGAAGACGUGGUACGGUGUACCGGGCAGCAGAGCGGAAGAAUUCGAGCUGGCCAUGAAAUCGGCCGCCCCGGAGCUCUUCCAAUCGCAGCCCGAUCUGCUCCACCAGCUGGUGACGAUAAUGAACCCGAACAUUCUCAUGAACGCCAACGUGCCCGUCUACCGGACGGAUCAGCAUGCCGGCGAAUUCGUUGUGACAUUCCCACGGGCGUACCAUGCCGGUUUCAACCAGGGGUACAACUUUGCCGAGGCGGUCAACUUUGCGCCGGCCGACUGGAUGAAGAUGGGCCGGGAGUGUGUCAAUCACUACUCGAAGCUGCGCCGGUACUGUGUGUUUUCGCACGACGAGCUCGUGUGCAAAAUGGCGCUCGAGCCGGAUCGGUUGAAUCUUGGAAUUGCGACCGCGUGUUACAUCGACAUGGCAGAGAUGGUGGACACGGAGAAAAAGCUGCGCAAAAAUCUGCUGGAAUGGGGUGUAUCAAAUGCUGAGCGGGAGGCAUUCGAACUGCUCGCCGACGACGCUAGGCAGUGCGAAAUCUGUAAAACGACCUGCUUCCUGUCCGCGGUUAACUGCAAGUGCAGCAAGAACCUUGCCUGCCUGCGCCACUUUGCCGAGCUGUGCGAGUGUCCACCCGACAACCACACACUUAAGUAUCGCUACACGCUCGACGAGCUGCCACUGAUGGUACAGAAGCUGAAGGUGAAGGCCGAAUCGUUCGAAAAGUGGCUGUUUCGGGUGCGCGACGUGCUCGAUCCGUCGGUCGCGAGCAGUAUCACGCUGGAGGAACUGCAAAGUAUCGCCCACGAGGCGGAAUGCCAGAAGUUCCCGAACAGUGUCAUCCUGGAGCGGCUGAACCUGUCGAUACUGGAGGCUCAGAAGUGUAUCACGGUCAUCCAGCAGCUGGACAUCAACAAGAUUCGCACGCGCACCCGUAACUCGCUCGAGUGUGCCAAGUACAAGCUAACGAUGGACGAGCUGGAGCUGUUCAUCAACGAGAUCAACAAUCUGCGCUGUGUCAUCCGCGAGGGUGACAGCGUGCGGGAACUGCAGCGGAUCGGUCUCGAGUGGUUGCGGCAGGCGGACAAGGUGUUGAAGCUACGCUUCAAGGACACGAACGUGCAGCAACUGAAUCAGCUGAUCGAGGAAGGCAACGCGCUGUGCAUCGAGCUGCCGCAGAUCGCGGAACUCAAGGAUCGGCUAACGCAGUACAAGUGGUACCGGCAGGUGCGCACGCUCCGGGAGAAUACGAUCGACCGGCUGUCACUGGAGGAGAUCAAGAAGCUCGUCAACGAGGGGAUGCGAAUACUACCGCAUACAGUAUUAGAGAAGGAGUUGUCUCAGUUGCACGGCAUCAUGCUACAGGUUGUCGAUUGGGAGCAGUCCGCCAAUCAGUGCUUCAAGACGGAAACGCAACACAAGAUCAGUGAAAUUGACAGCCUGCUCGAGCGGGCACACAAUAUCGAAGCAUUUCUUCCCCUGGCCAGUCAGCUGAAGGACGCACUGCACAAGUCCAAGGAGUGGCUGCACGCGAUUGAAACGCUCGAGAGCAGCAAAAACUACAACUUUUUCCACACCCUGCAAAACCUGGCGAACCGCGCGAAGCUGCUACCAUUGGAGAUGGAAAGCAAACUGCUGUGUGAGACGAUUCUCGGCACGACAACCGCGGGCGGCGGCUGCUACAAUCGGAACGGGGGUCAGCUGUUGCUGUUCAACUCGAAGGGUUUCAUCGGCCCGAGUGGUGAAGAUCGGCGAACAAAGUCACCCACGUCAUCAUCCGUCGCGGUUCCGUCUUCGUCCUCGUCGUCGGCCUCCAAGAGGAAGCGUUACGGUUCGAUCUCGAACCUGGACGAUCCCCCACUAGCGGACAGCAUGGAGACGAUUAUGAAAAAGAUCAAAGAAGAAAGUAACAUCGGCGAGCACGAUAAGCGUUUGCUGAGGGCUCAGUUGCUUCGGAAUUGGAGCGAUUCGGUGGGCACCCCUAAUGGGGUUCUAAUGCCGGGAAGUUUUGAUGGUUCUGCGCAGAUCCGGGACCAUUCCCGUCAACCUGCGAGCAACGGUGUGAUCUACCAUUGCGCCAAAUGCCACGAGAUGGUGGCGAAGGCGAACGUUCUACGGAAGUACCAUCAUCACCGGCAGCACCACCACCACUGUCGUCACCAUGAGCGGCACCACCGAACGACGACUGCCCGGCAAGGACAACGGUCGCAGGAGCAGAAUGGAGGUGAAAGUACUGUCGGUAGUCUCGAUCAGCUGCUCGCGAUCAAAACGCUAAGUGAAGAGGAUUUCCAUUCCGAUGUACGAGCCGCCGGUGGUAGUACGGCCGUGGGAAGCAGUUUCGACGAUUUCGUGCUGAAGCAUGGCGACCAGUUCGAGGAAGAGAUGGACGAUGAGGAGGAAGCGGACGUAGCCGAUGAGGUGAAGGCAGAAGAGGAUGAUGAUGACGAUGACGAUGAUGACGACGACGAUGGCGACGAUAACGUUGACAAUGCUCGCGGGGGCGCUGCCGGUAAUAAGCUUUCUGGGCAGAAUGGAUGCCACAGUUGCAAACCACCGGACGACGAUAAGCCUGGGAGUGAGUUGCGCAAGUCCUUACUAAACGCCGCCGGUCCUUACGAGGGUAAAAUUAAGACGGAACCUAUCGACGGGGACGAGGUCACUGUAAAGGUGGAGGAUGAUCCGAUGUGCGACGUACGUACGGUGAAGGAGAAAGAGGAGGCUAAAUCGCGGAACGGUUCGCGAGCAUCAACACUUCAGUGUCCCGAGAGUACUAGUCAAUCGUUUGAAAAUGUGCCCUCUAGCGGCAGCAGGAAUACUAAUAGUAAUAGUAGUAGUAGUGGUAGCGGUAAUAGUAGUAGUAGUAGCAACAACAGCAACAGCAAUGCGAACCGUCAACCGAACGAUCGAGUAAAGCAGGAGCCCCAACCGAACCAGCAUCAUUCGACGGACUUAUGAUGGAACAAACGUCGGCUUGUCGAUGGCAACAACUGAGACUGCCGGCUGGCUGUGUAUGUUAGUAUGAGCAUCCGGUGAAGAAGGGGAAGAAGGGAAGAGGGCAAAGCUGGACCCAGCAACGGUAAACUUUCGGUGUAAAUGGUCUCCGGUAGAAGACAUGGCCCACCUUAUACCUUAUCCAUCUCUUUCGCAAGGAGUAGAACAAAAAAGGCAGAAAGGCGGGAUAGUGGAGAAAACAUUUUCGGUUAAAUUAUUAGAUCAUAGGAUUUUUUUUGCGUUAGUCAAUAAGUUUUUGAACAAGUCAAUCCGUGGACCUCCGGCUAGAAUGUUGGUGGUAGAACGGCAGAAUCAAGCAAGACCCAGCGCAAACGUGCAGCAGGGGCUAACAUUGUUGGCACCGAUGUAUUUGUUUGCGUGUGUGAAUGUGUGCGUGUGUGUUUGUUUGUGUUUGUGUUGCUCCCCAUUAGGACACGCCAUGCUCGGAGGGUAGCAGCGAACCGUAGUGCUAGACAGGAAGUACAUAGUAUUUGAACACCGGUAGCUUCGUUCGUUUAGCUAUCAGAAGAGAUAUUUUCAUACUCUAAGAAGGUCGCAUGAAGCUGCCCCAAAGGAAGGAGUACAGCCAGAAAAGGAGCAAUUUGGUCAGCUUUUAUGAUGUAUGAUGUUUUUUUUCCACUUGCAAGAUAUAAUGACGCGGCUACUGCUGCAGUGCUCUAGUGCUCCCAGCCUAUCUUCUGCUUCCUCGCCGUGCAUGGAAGAAUUUUAUGUGAUUAUGCGUGUUUCCAAUAGAACCAUUUCGAUGCCCCAAUAUACACGACAUUUGUAUUAGUGUGCGAAAGUAGUGAGUGAGUGUUUCUAAGUGUGGCUGUAUGUGCGUAUGCGCGUUCAGUUAGUAAAACGAGCGAGGGCUGCUGAGGUUUUGCUCGAUUUGUAUACAGCAGAAGGUAAGGGAGAAAAAAAAAAGAUUUGUAAUUUAAAAGAAGAAAAAAAAACACAAGAAAUCAUCGAUCGAUCGAUUCUCCGUUGAGAAGGAUAGACACUCGAUGCUCGUUAACAU